AAAAAAAGAGGAAAGGCUGUAGGGAAGGAGAACACAAUUUACAUGUUGAGAGAGUGAAAGCGAGGUGGACUCGCGCUUCACUUUUGCAUUGAAUUUGGGGAUUUUGGCAAAUGGCGCCAAACCAAAAAGGCAAUGUUCCCGCCACUCUCACUGCUGUCUCUUUAUAUUCUUUUGAUUAAAACCUUCAAAACCAGAAAAAGGCAACAAAGAAGAAGAGGAAGAGGGAGUCCCCAAAUACACAGCUCUCAGUCUGAGAAACUCCGAGAAAAAAACUGAAAAAAGAUGGGAUCUGCAGCACUCUUGGAUUCCUCCGUUCCUAAUGGCGAAGCCCCCGUUAGUGCCGUUUCUGAUCCUUCAGUUUCAGGAAUGAAGAAAAAGAAGAGCAAGCAAAAGUCUGCAGUUUCUGACACUAAAAUGGCAGCAAAAACUAGCCAAAAAGAAAAGAAAAGAAAUGUGUCCCAGUGUAGUGAAGAGCCAGCUGGUUCUAGGAAACUGCCAAAGCGAGCUUCUGCAUGCAGAAAUUUCAAGGAGCGGUCUGUUUGCAUAUCUGAGAAGUCUUGUCUUGUUGAAACAAAGAAGGAUCAGUUUGCAGAGGAAGAGAUUCUGGCUGUACGCAUGACUUCUGGGCAAGAUGAUGGGCGCCCGAAUAGAAGGCUGACUGAUUUUAUCUUGCAUGAUGAAAAUGGUGCCCCACAGCCACUUGAGAUGUUGGAACUUGAUGACAUGUUUAUCUCUGGUCUUAUAUUGCCUCUUGAAGAAAGUUCAGACAAGGAAAAGGAAAAGGGUGUCAGGUGUGAAGGCUUUGGACGGAUAGAAUCGUGGGACAUCUCUGGUUAUGAAGAUGGUACUCCUGUGGUAUGGAUUUCGACUGAUAUUGCCGAUUAUGAUUGUCGUAAACCUGCAAGUAGCUACAAGAAAUUUUAUGACCAUUUCUUUGCAAAGGCCCGUGCUUGUGUAGAGGUUUAUAAAAAGCUGUCGAGAUCUUCUGGAGGGAACCCUGACUCCAGUCUUGACGAGUUGCUUGCUGGAGUUGUUCGCUCAAUUAGUGGAAGCAAGCACUUUUCUGGUGGGGUAUCUAUCAGGGACUUUGUUCUUUCUCAGGGUGAGUUUAUUUAUAACCAAUUGGCAGGUUUGGAUGAGACAUCAAAGAAGAAUGAUCAGAUAUUUGCAGAGAUCCCUGCUCUUGCUGCGCUACUAGAUGCGAGUAGCAAGCGUGGAAACUUUAAGGAAGCAAAAGCACCAUCUACAGGUGGGAGUUUAACCAUUGGUUUAAAAUCGGAAGAUGGAAAGAACAAAAAGAAUCAAUCUGGUUCAUCCAAAUCUACGCUGGAGGAAAAUGAGGAUGUAAAGUUGGCAAGAUUGUUGCAAGAAGAAGAGUACUGGCAGUCAAUGAAGCAGAAGAAAAAUCAGGGUUUGGCCUCCACGCCAAGCAAAUUCUACAUUAAAAUUAAUGAAGAUGAAAUUGCAAAUGACUACCCUCUACCUGCUUAUUACAAGAAUUCUCUAGAAGAAAUUGAUGAAUUCAUAGUUUUUGACAGUGAUAUCAUAUGUGACUCUGAUCAACUCCCUCGAAGCAUGCUUCAUAAUUGGUCGCUCUACAAUUCAGACUUGAGGUUGAUUCCCUUGGAACUUCUUCCGAUGAAACCAUGUACAGAUAUUGAUGUCACUAUCUUUGGGUCAGGGGUUAUGACUUCUGAUGAUGGAAGUGGAUUCUGCCUUGAUACGAAUCCUAAUCAGUCCUCUUCAUGUGGUUCAGGAGCACAAGAUGCUGAUGGUAUUCCAAUUUAUUUGAGUGCAAUAAAGGAAUGGAUGAUUGAAUUUGGGUCAUCAAUGGUUUUCAUUUCAAUCCGUACGGACAUGGCCUGGUAUAGACUUGGCAAGCCGUCAAAGCAGUACGCUCCAUGGUAUGAAACGGUUUUGAGAACAGCCAGGCUUGCAAUAAGUACCAUCACAUUGUUGAAAGAGCAGAGUCGAGUUGCACGGCUUUCUUUUGCGGAUGUCAUCAAGAGACUGUCUGAGUUCAAGAAGGAUCAUGGUGCGUACGUUUCGUCUGAUCCAGCAGCUGUUGAGAGAUAUGUAGUUGUCCAUGGACAGAUUAUACUGCAGCUGUUUGCAGAAUAUCCAGAUGAGAAGAUUAAAAGGUGUGCAUUUGUGAUUGGUCUUACAAAUAAAAUGGAGGAGAGACAUCAUACCAAAUGGUUAGUGAAGAAGAAAAAGCUUCUGCAAAAGAGUGAAGCAAAUUUGAAUCCAAGAGCAGCAAUGGGACCUGUGCAAUCGAAGAGGAAGGUUAUGCAGGCUACAACAACAAGGCUAAUCAACAGAAUUUGGGGAGAAUACUAUUCAAAUUACUCGCCAGAGGAUUUAAAAGAAGAAACUACUUCUGAUUUGAAAGAGGAGGACGAAGUUGAGGAGCAAGACGAAAAUGAAGAAGAUGAUAAUGAAGAGGAGAAGCUAGUAGUUUCAGAGGGAACUCAGAAACCUCAUGCAAUAUCAAGAACAGCUAAAUUGUGCUCAAUGAAUAAAGAAAUAAGAUGGAUUGGGGAGCCUGUUGGAAAAACAUGCUCUGGUGAAUUGCUUUAUAAAAAUGCCUUUGUUCAUGGUGAUGCGAUUGCUGUGGGGGGUGCUGUAAUAGUGGAAGACAAUGAAUCGUAUGAACUUCCCAUGAUGUAUUUUGUGGAGUACAUGUUUGAAGCAUUGGAUGGAAUCAAAAUGUUCCAUGGAAGAAUUAUAAAUCGAGGAUCUCAGACUGUUCUUGGCAAUGCUGCAAAUGAGAGGGAGGUAUUUCUGACAAAUGAAUGCUUGACGAUGGGGUUGGAGGAUAUUAAACAGGCCAUUGUUGUGGAUAUUCGCUUAGUGCCAUGGGGACAUCAGCAUAGGAAGGAUAAUGCUAAUGCUGAUAAAGUUGAUAGAGCUCGAGCAGAAGAUAGGAAGAGGAAAGGAUUGCCGAUUGAAUAUUACUGUAAAAGCUUGUAUUGGCCGGAGAGAGGUGCUUUCUGUAGUCUUCCCUUUGAAACUAUUGGUCUAGGGUCUGGCUUCUGCCACUCUUGCCAAAUAAAAGAAGCACAGAAAGACAAGGAAACAUUUAAGGUGAAUUCAUCUCGGACUGGUUUUGUAUACCAGGGAACUGAGUAUUCUGUUAAUGAUUAUGUCUAUGUUGGCCCCCAUAAUUUUUCUGGGGAAAGUAUGGAGCAUCUAACUUUCAAGGGUGGGAGGAAUGUAGGCUUGAAACCUUAUGUUGUGUGCCAAGUGUUGGAGAUCAUUGUCACAAAGGAAACCAAACGAAUUGAAGAAAAAUAUACACAGGUUAAAGUCAGAAGAUUUUUCAGACCAGAGGACAUUUCAAUUGAGAAGGCAUACUGCUCUGACAUUCGCGAAGUCUACUACAGUGAAGAAAUGCAUGUGCUGUCUGUUGAAAAUAUUGAAGGUAAAUGUGAAGUCAGAAAGAAGAAUGAUAUUCCAGCAUGCGACGCUCCUGCCAUCUUCCAACAAGUUUUCUUUUGUGAACGUCUGUAUGAUCCUUCUAAGGGGUCCCUCAAGCAGUUGCCAGCUCAUACCAAACUAAGAUACUCAACUGGGGAUGUGGAUGGACAUGUUGCAUCUAGAAAGAAAAAAGGAAAGUGUAAAGAGGGGGAAGAUAAUGUAGGAUAUGAUAAACAAAGUGAAGCAUCCCAGGAAAAUUGUUUGGCAACAUUAGAUAUUUUUGCUGGCUGUGGUGGCUUGUCGGAGGGACUGCGGCAGUCUGGUGUCUCAUUAACCAAGUGGGCAAUUGAGUAUGAAGAACCUGCUGGAGAUGCCUUUAAACUCAAUCAUCCGGAGUCAGCCAUGUUCAUUAAUAACUGCAACGUUAUUCUUAGGGCUGUGAUGGAAAAGUGUGGGGAUGCAGAUGACUGUAUUUCAACUUCUGAAGCUGCAGAGCUUGCUGCAUCUCUUAAGGAGAAGGAUAUUAAUGAUUUACCACUUCCAGGUCAAGUAGAUUUUAUAAACGGAGGGCCUCCAUGUCAGGGUUUCUCUGGAAUGAAUAGGUUCAAUACAAGCACUUGGAGUAAAGUUCAGUGUGAAAUGAUCUUAGCAUUCUUAUCCUUUGCUGAUUACUUCCGGCCGAAGUAUUUCCUUCUAGAGAAUGUGAGGAACUUCGUGUCCUUCAAUAAAGGGCAGACAUUCCGUUUAACUCUUGCUUCACUUCUUGAGAUGGGUUAUCAGGUGAGGUUUGGUAUUCUGGAAGCUGGAGCUUAUGGUGUUUCUCAGUCACGAAAACGUGCAUUUAUAUGGGCAGCCUCCCCUGAAGAGAUACUCCCAGAGUGGCCAGAGCCAAUGCAUGUCUUUGCUGCCCCGGAGUUGAGAAUAACAUUAUCGGAAAAUUUGCAGUAUGCUGCUGCUCGUAGUACAGCAAGUGGAGCCCCUUUCCGUGCAAUAACUGUAAGAGAUACAAUUGGUGAUCUCCCAGCUGUAGGGAAUGGUGCCUCUAAGACAAAUCUUGAGUAUCAAAAUGACCCUGUGUCAUGGUUUCAAAAGAAAAUUCGAGGGAAUAUGGUUCUUCUGACCGAUCAUAUAUCAAAAGAAAUGAAUGAGCUUAAUCUCAUUCGAUGUCAGAAAAUUCCAAAGCGGCCAGGUUCUGAUUGGCAUGACCUUCCAGAUGAAAAGAUAAAACUGUCUACUGGACAAAUUGUUGACUUGAUACCAUGGUGCCUACCGAACACGGCCAAGCGACACAAUCAGUGGAAGGGGCUGUUUGGGAGGUUGGAUUGGGAAGGUAACUUCCCAACGUCCAUCACAGACCCUCAACCAAUGGGUAAGGUGGGGAUGUGCUUUCAUCCUGAGCAGGACAGGAUCCUUACAGUUCGUGAAUGUGCCCGAUCGCAAGGUUUCCCAGAUAGCUACCAGUUUGCUGGUAAUAUCCAACACAAGCACCGGCAGAUCGGAAAUGCCGUACCUCCUCCGUUGGCAUAUGCGUUAGGGAGAAAACUCAAGGAAGCGUUGGACAGUAAGAGGCCUGCAUAAUGCAUUAGCCAUCUUACAUUAUCUAUUGGAUUAGCCAUUGCACAAAACAAAUGACCCUUUUCCCAAUGAUGAUUACCUAAACAUUUAUGGAUAUUCCCCCAUUCGUUUAUUUAGAGAGACCUAAAGUUUACAAAA